UCAUUGGCAGUUUGACAGCCUGACUGGAACAUUGGUCCGUGGUGCCAUACUGCAGCACAUGCCGUUUGGAAACUUCAAAACUCAUCUUCGGUAGACCUACGCAUCACAGUGCACUGUUCCAGGGUGUUUCAAAACAAAUCCGAUCCCCAGGAUGGCAUGGCACUCUCCUUGUUGGAGCUUGCUAUUUUCGUUCCCGACGUUCAUUGCGUGAAUCGGGAAGAUCGUACAGGUGCUUUCCGACUUCUGGCGACACCUCGGAGUAGGUCGAGGAUCCACGCCUGAGUGGACAGGACACCUCGCGUGCAGAGCUGCAGUUCAUGCUAUACCGGUUCGCUAGACGCAUGGCCCGACUCGGAACAGAAAUCUCCAACUACAUAGUCGACAAGUACAAGACUAGUAUUCAAACUGGGAGAACUAAUUACUUCUAGAAGUAAAGAUAGCGAUCAACGCUACAGCAGACUGCAACCGCACUGGUCAGCUAUCCAGAGCUUGACUUGAGCUAGCAUAGGCUGCAAGGAUUAGCAAGGAGUCGGCUUGAGUACGGUCGGCGCAGAGUAGUCGCUGGCAAACAGUGACUGUGCAGGCAGGUGGGGCAGUGCAGGCAGGUGAGUAGCGCUAUCUGCAAUGAGCCUGGCACCUCCAUCCGCUUGCCUCUCAUGGACAAACGCGGACGUGUGUGCCUGGGCCACGGCUGCUGGCCUCAGUCAGCAAAUCCCAGGCUUGGCGGAAGGCCUACGUCGACAUGGAGUAGCAGGAAAGGACCUGAUGCAGCUGGAUAACACAUUCGCCCAGAACAAACUGCUUAUUCGCGAUGCAGCGAAGAGGAAGCUGCUUCUGGACGCCAUAGUGAUUCUGAGCAGGUCCGAAAACAGCCCAACGGCAACAGCAGGAGGCAACUCAACUGCUGCUGUUCCUAUAUCAACACCACCAGCUGGCCUAUCGGUUUCAGUGCCCGAUCCGUAUUCAUCGGUGAGCGGACAGCAGCGAAUGGCGACUUCUCCCUCGGCCUCGAGUGGUGUUGGCAGUGGUGGAUCUCACAGUGCGCCCACUUCUCGAGUUGCAUCGCCGGUAUCCACAACACAGUCCUCAAACAUGGGUUCGGAGCCCAUGAUGGGCAUUGCAGUGCGCGAUCUGAUGUCGGAUGGUUGCUCGCAUUCUGGAUGGGUCAGGAAACUUGGUGGAAACGUACACAACUGGAAGCGAAGAUAUAUGGUGCUGAAGAAAGGGUGUAUGUACUACUAUAAGGAUGACCAUGCGUCUAUUCCAAAGGGACAGUUUUCUCUCAACGAUUACCGGAUUGAGAGGACGCAAGUGCCAAAGUAUCCGUGGUGUUUUAAACUCGUUCACUCGCAUCCCAAGAAGCGCACAUACGUUGUCAGCCCAUCAUCAGACAUGGAGUUGCAGGGAUGGAUGGAAAAGGUUCAGAACGACAUCGAUGUGUUCUGCAUGGGUCGGGCGCCACAGGCCGAGUCACAACCUCAGCCUCAAUCUUCACGACUAGCCAAACCUGGAAACACACUGUCGGUACCAUCGCAGCCAGCUGGCGGGAAGGGACUGUCGCGACACAGUGCGCACAGCGCCACACUCGUCAGAGCCCUAGAUCCUGACGAUGCUAGCUCCGAAGAGGAGGGUCUCUAUGAAGAGGCUCGUAGUGAUGCCACGCCGUUCGACCGGCAAUCCGGACCGGCACCGCCCCCGCCUACACGUCAGACCAGCGUUCGGCGAGUGAGCGAAGUAUCAGAUGAUCCUAAGGUCAAAACUCCGAUGCGGUCCAAGACAACGCGACAUCACACGCCAGCACCCAGUUUACCACCAGAGGCUAUGGGCAGUCAGACCAUGGCGUCAGUACACCGACAGCCACCGAUCGGCAGAGAAGCCAACACUUCAUCGCCGCAAACAAAGCCCAGAACAGCCAAACGGGGAACUGCACAAGCAGCCCCGCAAACUCCAGACAAGGUCCCCCCACCAUUGCCUGGGGAAGUGGUUCCGCCGCCACUACCAGGAGAAAGUUCCAAAGUACCUCCGCCACUUCCAGGAGAAAAUCCCAAAGUACUUCCACCACUUCCAGGAAAGGAAGGUACUCCAUCGGUGGCAUCAAAUGGUACCCGAACAGGAUCUUCUGGAAGCAAACACUCAGGUGCUGCCAAUGGUGAUUCUGAUGACGCUGGGGACUACCUGCAUCUGGUGGAUGAUGCCUCACCACCACCGUUACCAGGCGAAGAAGAGGUUGACCUUCCGGAGGAUGUGUCUCAUGCAACAUACAUCAACACUGCCAGAGCCCUUCAGCGCGGAACACCCGACGGGUCGAGUAUGCACGCAAGCCACGGAGAUGUGUCCGCUAACAGUCCAUCAAUCAGCGGUGCAGCGGCUGGCCGACCGACUGCUAAGCCACGGACUGCCAAAACGAAGGCUGUAAUGGCGACUGCUUAUCGAGACUCAGAUGAUGCUGACGAAGAGGACGGUGGAAAAGGCUACAUCCUCCCAGAUGUUGGAGAGUUCUUGCCCAAAUCAGCAUUUCAGGAUGAUAUGGACAGAGACAAGGCAGACACCUUCCUGCGAGGUCUGGGAAAAACCGGUUGCUACAUAAUACGGGGAGCAAGUAGUGGCGGCAGCAAAGAGGCAAAGAAAGUCAUUUCUGUAUGGACGGGCGACCGAUGUCGACACUACAAGAUCUUCUACAGAAGGGGUGUGGGAUUCUCACUUCACGGAGACAAGACAUUUCCGGACGUCCAGAACCUCCUGGCCUUCUAUCAUGGCAGCAGCCUACCACGUUGCCCGCACAAGCUAUCUGGUCCAUAUAAAGGGGUCAUCAAAAUGUAAUCGCGCUGUUCCUCCUUCCCAAGUCCACAAGACACUGUCGAAUAUUCUUUUGAUGCUUCUCCGAGCAACUGUAGAUAGCACAAUGAGAAGUUUGAAAAUAUUUAUUUCGUCUUGACCUAUGAUGAUAUAUAUUUUUACUUUGAGAACCUGUUGAGACUGAGCUUGCUGGCCAGUACCUGCUCUGCUGGUAUUCGUUCUGUGCGUCAUUCACACCCAUUGCCAGUUCAGGCAGCUUACUUUGCCAGUUCAGGCAGCUUACUUUGCCCGCUGUACAUAAUCUUCAGUGGCACACACAAAGGGGUAUAUAUACUCCUGCUGCUCAGGUACAGGCAGAGAGUUAAAGAUGAAUGGUGCUCCUCUCGGUUAGCCACCUAACUACUCUACAGUUUGAUACAGUGA